AUUACUUGUCCAGGUUGUAUUACCCAAUCAGGAAGACAUAUGCCUGAGUGUCUGCAUCAUGGGACAGUUCAAGAAGACUUUCUGUCUGCCUCCUGUAUUUCCUCUUUUAUUCCAUGAGAAGAUGGUCUUUGUGAAGGUAAGAAGGAUAGAAACCUCACUCUUUACCCCGACCAACAACGUUGCUUAGAGGAAGACAAAACAACCUUAUUGUCAUCCUCAAACUUGCUUUCAUAUGCUCUUUAUCUCUCUCUAAAGACGUUCACAGGAGCUGCUGACCCCGGUCCCAUUGCAGACCUAGAAGGUAGUAGUAUCUUUCUCAUUUUGAGCCUUUCUGUGAUAUCAUUCCAUAAUAUUAAACAUCGUAUGUCUCUGUGUUAUAUUCCCUUAGCUGACACAACAUCCUUUGAACUGAUUCAGCUUGGCCCCGAUUCCGACCCGAGUUAAGCACCGUAAAUGGAACGUUACAUAGCCGCGGGAAGUAGGGGUGCUGAGGGCGCUGCAGCACCCCCUGAAAAAGCGUAAUUACAUUUUGUUUUUAAUCAAAUAAAUGAAAGAAAUAUUUUUUCACAAAAGUAGUGGACUGGGCCUUUAUUAGUCCUGUAUUAGCAGACCGAUAUCGCUGUCUGUAGCGCGGGCCCCCCAAAAAUUCAGCCCCCCCCAACUAAAAGUACUUUAUUUUUUCUAAUAGAAAUAACAGCAUUCUCCAUGCACUGGAAUUUACAACUUGAUAAGAGUGAUUGAUAAGAGCUAAGUAAAUUAGUAAUCUGUUUGGAUAAGGGAAUUGAAAAUAUAAAUGACACUUGUUUUAGAUCUAUUUGACCUUAUAAUCGCUGACAAAUGUGAAACCAGUAAUAUGGCAGCAAACUGAAUAUCAACAUAUCAACUUUCCCACAGUAAAGUUUAUGAAAUUCUGUGCCAAUAUGCAGAAUUUUAUUUUACUUAAUUGUACAGCCUUUUAACUUACAGGGAUGAGCACUCUUGAAUGUCUUAAUUAUGGACUACCCCAAAUUUCUCUGUUUCCUUUUUCUAUAAUGUUAAAUAUUAGCCACUAUCAAUAUCGACCUUCAGUAGGCGUAAUAAUAACACAUAUUCAACUGCCAAUUUACUGUUAGUUCCCUUCAGUUGGUAUAGCCUACAUUAUCAUUCCAUUUAAUUACAUUGUUUUGUUUACCUUCAUUUGCUUCCUCUGUAAAUCCCAUUACGGCUAUGUGGUUGUUGCUGAGGAUCAUUAGUAACAAUUGAUAAUAUAAAAAAAGAAAUGUAGGCUAAUUAAAUCGUUAUGGAGCAGAGGGCAGACCAAGCCUUAAAAGUUUGAACCCGACGCAUGGCGCAAUACUUGUCUGUGUCAUCACACAGUUCCAUGGUCAGUGCAGGCAAUAGAGGAGGGUAUAUCCUACUAUUGUACACUAUUCUCCCUAUUAUACUUCUAUGUACACUAAUCUUACAACAUUACCAUGGGUUAAAAAAUGGAAUGUGCCAAUUUUCAGAAUUCGUCACUAAAGGCUCACCAAACCAGAUCCUCUCUUGACUUUUCUCUGGUGUUAAUGAGCAUAGCUAUACAUAGAAAAGCAUUAAGCUAUAUAUUCCUAUGUGGUUUUAAAGGGAGAUAUUUUGGCCACUAUUGAAGAGAACACCAGGCCCCAAGCUGACGCCAUCGCCUAGAGCCGGUGGUCCCAAUAGAGAGACGCUGAUGAGGAGAUCCAUCUCUUUCCCUGUUGGUGCACCGCCUCCUCCACAGGCUUUGUCAUAUAUGUUAAACAUCUCCAAAGCCAUUUCCCUUCCAUUUUGUUUUCUUGAGAAUGCAACGAUGGUAGAUGUUGUGUUUGCACAUUUAUAUUUCAAGCAGUGUGUUAUCUGAAGUCACCUUUCUUGUUUGGUUUCCAUCACCUUGUUAAAGGCUUUUGUUUUCUACUGUCCCUUCAGGGAAUCUCUCCCAAAGUGGAAUUUGCAAGCACAGCCAUCAUUAAGGAAUGUGAUGGGAAAGAUAGCCAGCCUCAGCCUGCCUCCUUUGUAAGUGUGUGUCCUCUCCUCUCUGUCCUCAUCACACCCAGUGUUCCCGCGAUCAUAAAGAAUUGUGUUCAGCUGUGAGAGAUUUGGAUGAUACCCAGACAGCCACGGUUGACAGGAAGGAGAUGAGGGUUUCUCAUUGCCACACAAGACAGUGAUCCAAAUGGCUCUUUGGUUUUAAAGCAUGUCUUAUACAAUAUUUCCCAUUUUCUUUGCUCUUGUGUUCUUUUGAAUUGAUGCUCCCAUUUCACUAUAAGAUCACUUAAUGGUGGGAGUACAUUAAAUAUAUUUUGUGUAGUCAGUUUAGGUUUGCAGCCUGUAUUGGAAUUUAUUGUAUAGCUCCACAUAUAGUGAGCUAAACAUGUAUAUACUUAAGCUGUAUCAAUUAUCCUUACACUCGUCAAGACCCUUGACUUAGACGCUUGGCGUGCGGUAGCAGAGAGAACAGUCUAUGACUUGGGUGGCUGAAGUCAUUGAUCAUAUUUAGGGCCUUCCUCUGACACCGCCUGGUAUAGAGGUCCUUUAUGGCAGGGAGCUCGGCCCCAGUAAUGUACUGGUACCCUCUUUAGCACCUUGCGGUCGGAUGCCAAGCAGUUGGCAGGGAGUUCGGCCCCAGUGCGGAUGUUGCCUGUAAUCCAUGGCUUCUGGUUGGGGUAUGUACGUACAGUCACUGUGGGGAUGAUGUCGUCGAUGCACUUAUUAAUGAAGCCGGUGACUGAUGUGGUAAACUCCUCAAUGCCAUCGGCUGAAUCCCAGAACAUAUUCCAGUCUGUGCUACCAAAACAGUCCUGUAGCUUAGCAUCCGCUUCAUCUGACCACUUCCGUAUUAAGUGUGUCACUGGUACUUCCUGUUUGAAUCAGGAGGAUAGCGUUAUGGUCAGAUUUGCGAAAUGGAGGGCGAGGGAGAGCUUCGUAUGUGUUUCUGUGUGUGGAGUAAAGGUGAUCUAGAGUUUUGCACAGGUGACAUGCUGGUAGAAAUGAGGCAAAACAGAUUUCAAUUUCCCUGCAUUAAAAUCACCAGCUACUAGGAGCACCGCCUCUGGAUGAGCAUUUCCUUGUUUGCUUAUGGCCCUAUAGAUUGGUUGGUUGUUUAGCAACAAAACCGAGGCGUGCACAAUUAUGGGGCAAAACAGACGGGUUUGGCUUAGAUUGUUGACAACAUUUAAGCUAUAUUUAGUCUACAUUGUUUAUUGAAAAAAUAAAUACAUUUGCACAAUGACCACUUGUUGUCUCUCAAAUACAUUGUUACAGUUGUUGGUUAGUUAGCUAGCAAAUUAUUUGCCUUAUUAGCAUUGACAUGAUAUCAGUCAAAACACCUCAAAGACAUGGUAUCAAUAACAAGAUUAAAUGAGCUGAAACAAGCUGCUUACGAUUCUCCACAUGGCAGUUUCUUGUCAUUCUUGCUAGAAAUCUGGCCAUUUAGAAUCACAACUACAUGCUGACUUCUGCCCCAUGGAAGCGCGCACAUCGUUUUCGUGACAUUGUCAGUUAACCCAUCUAUGCUUGUUGAGUGUGGUCUUAGUGGCAGCAUCGAUUUGUGGUGGUAAAUAGACAGCUAUGAAAAAUAUAGAUGAAAACUCUCUUGGUAAAUAGUAUGUUCUACAGCUUAUCAUGAGGUAUGCUAACUCAGGCGAGCAGAACCUCGAGACUUCCUUAAAACCCUUUCCUGCAGUCAAAGGACCUAGUGGCCUCAUGGGUGGAAUGUUAUUAAUAUUUUUAAAAAUCUGCAGAAAAUCUGGUGUUUCUAUGUCAAACAUUUUUUAAAAUAUAUUUUCAGUUUUCUGUGAUGUAUAUAAAGUGUAAUAUUGCAAACAAAAAAUGUAAUACAUUUCAACUCUAUAUCUGACAUGGUCCAGGCGUUUUCUUUAUUUUAAGCCCAUAACCACGUGUGUGAGGUAUAUACUUUUGUUUCAAAGUAGAUUUGUUUAAGACUACCAAGAAACACUGUGUGUGACCCUGAUUUAGCCCACUGUAGUUAAUAUUAGAGAUUGCACACCAGCUUUUGUUAACAAAGAGACACACCCCUCCCCCAUAACCUUACCCAACGCUGUCAUAUGGUCUUGACGAUGCAUAGAAAAACCAGCCAGAUGUACAGUGCAUUCGGAAAGUAUUCAGACCACUUGACUUUUUCCACAUUUUGUUACGUUACAGCCUUAUUCUAAAAUUGAUUACAUUUGUUUUUUUUCCCUCAUCAAUCUACACACAAUACCACAUAACGACAAAACAAAAACAAGAAAGACAUUUUAGAAAUGUGUGUAUAUAUAUACAGUGAGGGAAAAAAGUAUUUGAUCCCCUGCUGAUUUUGUACGUUUGCCCACUGACAAAGAAAUGAUCUGUCUAUAAUUUUAAUGGUAGGUUUAUUUGAACAGUGAGAGACAGAAUAACAACAACAAAAUCCAGAAAAACGCAUGUCAAAAAUGUUAUAAAUUGAUUUGCAUUUUUAUGAUGGAAAUAAGUAUAUGACCCCCUCUCAAUCAGAAAGAUUUCUGCCUCCCAGGUGUCUUUUAUACAGGUAACGAGCUGAGAUUAGGAGCACACUCUUAAAGGGAGUGCUCCUAAUCUCAGCUUGUUACCUGUAUAAAAGACACCUGUCCACAGAAGCAAUCAAUCAAUCAGAUUCCAAACUCUCCACCAUGGCCAAGACCAAAGAGUUCUCCAAGGAUGUCAGGGACAAGAUUGUAGACCUACACAAGGCUGGAAUGGGCUACAAGACCAUCGCCAAGCAGUUUGGUGAGAAGGUGACAACAGUUGGUGCGAUGAUUCGCAAAUGGAAGAAACACAAAAGAACUGUCAAUCUCCCUCGGCCUGGGGCUCCAUGCAAGAUCUCACCUCGUGGAGUUACAAUGAUCAUGAGAACGGUGAGGAAUCAGCCCAGAACUACACAGGAGGAUCUUGUCAAUGAUCUCAAGGCAGCUGGGACCAUAGUCACCAAGAAAACAAUUGGUAACACAUUACGCUGUGAAGGACUGAAAUCCUGCAGCGCCCGCAAGGUCCCCCUGCUCAAGAAAGCACAUAUGCAGGGCCGUCUGAAGUUUGCCAAUGAACAUCUGAAUGAUUCAGAGGAGAACUGGGUGAAAGUGUUGUGGUCAGAUGAGACCAAAAUGGAGCUCUUUGGCAUCAACUCAACUCGCUGUGUUUGGAGGAGGAAUGCUGCCUAUGACCCCAAGAAGACCAUCCUCACCGUCAUACAUGGAGGUGGAAACAUUAUGCUUUGGGGGUGUUUUUCUGCUAAGGGGACAGGACAACUUCACUGCAUCAAAGGGACGAUGGACGGGGCCAUGUACCGUCAAAUCUUGGGUGAGAACCUCCUUCUCUCAGCCAUGGCAUUGAAAAUGGGUCGUGGAUGGGUAUUCCAGCAUGACAAUGACCCAAAACACACGGCCAAGGCAACAAAGGAGUGGCUCAAGAAGAAGCACAUUAAGGUCCUGGAGUGGCCUAGCCAGUCUCCAGACCUUAAUCCCAUAGAAAAUCUGUGGAGGGAGCUGAAGGUUUGAGUUGCCAAACGUCAGCCUCGAAACCUUAAUGACUUGAAGAAGAUCUGCAAAGAGGAGUGGAACAAAAUCCCUCCUGAGAUGUGUGCAAACCUGGUGGCCAACUACAAGAAACGUCUGACCUCUGUGAUUUCCAACAAGGGUUUUGCCACCAAGUACUAAGUCAUGUUUUGCAGAGGGGUCAAAUACUUAUUUCCCUCAUUAAAAUGCAAUUUUGUUGUUGUUAUUCUGUCUCUCACUGUUCAAAUAAACCUACCAUUAAAAUUAUAGACUGAUCAUGUCUUUGUCAGUGGGCAAACGUACAAAAUCAUCAGGGGAUCAAAUACUUUUUUCCCUCACUGUAUAUAUAUAUAUAUAUAAAACGGAAAUAUGACAUUUACAUAAGUAUUUAGACCCUUUACUCAGUACUUUGUUGAAGCACCUUUGGCAUUGAUUACAGCCUCGAGUCUUCUUGGGUAUGACGCUACAAGCUUGGCACACCUGUGUUUGGGGAGUUUCUCCCAUUCUUCUCUGCAGAUCCUCUCAAGCUCUGUCAGGUUGGAUGGGGAGCGUCGCAGCACAGCUAUUUUCAGGUUUCUCCAGAGAUGUUAGAUCGGGUUCAAGUCCGGGCUCUGGCUGGGCCACUCAAGGACAUUCAGAGACUUGUCCCGAAGCCACUCCUGCGUUGUCUUGGCUGUGUGCUUAGGGUCAUUGUCCUGUUGGAAGGUGAACCUUCGCCCCAGUCUGAGGUCCUGAGCACUCUGGAGCAGGUUUUCAUCAAGGAUCUCUCUGUACUUUGCUCUGUUCAUCUUUCCCUCGAUCCUGACUAGUCUCCCAGUCCCUGCCGCUGAGAAUCAUCCCCACAGCAUGAUGCAGCCACCACCAUGCUUCACCAUAGGAAUGGUGCCAGGUUUCCUCCAGAUGUGACGCUUGGCAUUCAGGCCAAAGAGUUCAAUCUUGGUUUCAUCAGACCAGAGAAUCUUGUUUCUCAUGUUCUGAGAGUCCUUUAGGUGACCUUUGGCAAACUCCAAGCGGGCUUUCAUGUGCCUUUUACUGAGGUGUGGUUUCUGUCUGGCCACUCUACCAUAAAGGCCUGAUUGGUGGAGUGCUGCAGAGAUGGUUGUCCUUCUGGAAGGUUCUCCCAUCUCGACAGAGGAACUCUGGAGCUCUGUCAGAGUGAUCAUUGGGUUCUUGGUCACCUCCCUGACCAAGGCCCUUCUCCCCCAAUUGCUCAGUUUGGCCGGGCGGCCAGGUCUAAGAAGAGUCUUGGUGGUUCCAAACUUCUUCCAUUUAGGAAUGAUGGAGGCCACUGUGUCCUUGGGGCACUUCAAUGCUGCAGAAAUGUUUUGGUACCCUUCCCCAGAUCUGUGCCUCGACACAUUCCUGUCUCGGAGCUCUACGGACAAUUCCUUCGACCUAAUUUGCUCUGACAUGCACUGUCAACUGUGGACCUUAUAUAAACAGGUGUGUGCCUUUCCAAAUCAUGUCCAAUCAAUUGAAUUACCACAGGUGGACUCCAAUCAAGUUGUGGAAACAUCUCAAGGAUGAUCAAUGGAAACCGGAUGCACCUGAGCUCAAUUUCGAGUCUCAUAGCAAAGGGUCUGAAUACUUAUGUAAAUAAGGUAUUUCAGUUCAAAAAUAUCUAAAAACCUGUUUUCACUUUGUCAUUAUGGGGUAUUGUGUGUAGAUUGAUGAGGGGAAAAUGAAUUUAAUCAAUUUUAGAAUAAGGCUGUAACGUAACAAAAUGUGAAAAAAGUCAAGGGGUCUGAAUACUUUCCAAAUGCACUUUAUAUUAUCCAUGUCCUUGUUCAGCCACGACUCCGAGAAACAUAGGAUAUUACAGUUCUUCAGGUCCCAUUAAUAGGAUAGUCUCGAACAGAACUCGUCCAGUUUGUUCUCCAGAGACAGUCAAGAUAUGAUAUCUAAAUUGUUUUACUUGUUAUAAUUCCGAUCACAGUUUUACAUUAAGAUUUGUACCUCCUUGAUAAUAUUCGUAGUUUAAAAAUACAAAAACAGGCUGAUAUAAUGCUAGCAUAUCAACAUUGGUAUCCUCAACAGUUAAAAUGCACUGACAUUAAUUAAAUUGAUUUCCUUUCUGUUCAAAAUGAGGCAGAGGUUGAUCCUGCCACUGAUAAGAGCACAGUGACCCCCAUAGUUAGACAUUGAAUAACUAUUUCUGGACUUUACAGAAUGGCAUUGUCUAUCAUUCCAGUCGCAUUCAACCAUAUACCUCUUUUGUUGCCAUGGCUACUGACAUCCCAGUAGUUUAGCAGCACAUUUAAGGGUAUCCUCUCCUUGUGAAUGCAAUUAUAUAGAAGCAGAUCAGUGGAAUUGAUAUCCAGGUCUGGUUCCUGGAUGCUUGUUUAAAGGAACAGGCAGUCAAUCAGCAUUCAUAUCCCCUGUUCUCACCUGGCUUCUCACCGUGUCCUUUGGAUUUGAAGGGCAACUUGUGCUCAGUUGCAUAACAUGUCCAUUUACUUUUCAAAUGGAAAAUGUUUAGCUCCUUUCAGGAUUUGUGUUUUAUAACGUGUUCUAUCAAUUUUGCCAGUGUAAUCCGCUCUUUGAUGGCUAUGCUUUAAAGGGGUAGGCCUAUUUGGCAGACAGACAGCAGGAGAGUGAGAGCAAGGUAGUCAUCCAUUUUCCCUGAGAAUUUAAAAGCCCGUCAGUCAGUCCAAAAAGGAAUUUGUUAUUGUUCCAAACCUCACAGUCCUUUCAAAAAAUAAUGAUCUAUCAUCAAGUAAGUGUUGUGAAAUUUAGGGCCAUUCUCCAGGUGCUGUUACCAGAGACAUUUAUUUUAAUUGGAAUUAUUGACAAAAUGGGAGGGUUCAUCAUGGCCCCCAAGGGGAUGUGGAUCAGAGUAAAGUGAUAGGGAGAAGAAUCACUGCUGCUGCCUUUAGCCUUUCUUCAUACAAUGCUAAUGUAUACUCAGGAUUCUCAUUACCCUGACAGGUUGAGGAAAGCACUGAGGCUCCUCUUUUCCACUUUUAUAGCAACCCUUUCAAAAUGUCCUGACCUGUGAUGGAGAAUGUAGUCAUUCUCUUCUCCCUCUCUUAUUUCUAGUCUCUCAGACAGCUGUCUGUUGUCACUCCUAUUUUGUCUGUGUUUGUGUGCAUGUCCCUCUUUGUAAAGUCUCAUGGUGUGGACUUGACAUGGUAUUCUUUUUAAAUGGGUUUUCUCAACAUGAUUUGCAUACGUUUGAACGGGUCUCGUUUCUUGUUUAAUAAGCUAUGUGUGGCUCCGGCUUUGUUGUUUCAAGAACACCCUGCUUUAUCACCCGUUACCAAUACCACCAGGCCACUAAUCACAUCCAAACAAGCACGACUCAUUGUCGAAAAUGGCCGCUUUGUGUUCACAGCAAAAAAAGAGAAAGAAAAAACUACUUCUUUUAAUUUCAUUAAAUCGGUCCCUUCCAAAUGGCAAUCUCAAUCAGGAUUUAUUUAUUAAAUUUCCUAAAAAUCUGUUUAUAUGCCAGGAUGUCGCAAUUAGCAUUUAAAGUAUCUUUAUUCUACAACCCAUGUAAUGUUAUUAUCAUAUUAGUCUGAAGCUGGCUAUCAAAUGCAAUUAACAUUUUUUAAACUUAUUUAUCUGGGCAUCGCCCGCAGGAACUAAGAUAUUGCAUCUCAGAAUUAUGUUAGUGACCAUUAGAAUUAUUGAAGUCAUUUUGCAACCAUGGCGAUAUCCAAGUACAGAAGUGUAACAUUUUAAGCUGCACGGUUUUAAUGAAGGAAAUCACAUAUUUGUGGUGGAGCUAUUUUGUUCAUAUCCAGCUUAGUUCUGUGGCUUGUGCUUUUGAAUCAACAUAAGCUCCUAUGUUUAUUCAAAAUAAAGAAAUCAACAUUGAAAUAUCAAAAAGUAGCUUAGUUGUGCAAUUGCAGUAUAUAGUUGCAGCUGUGGUCCUAUAAUUUUUUUCACUCCAACCUGUUGCCUCUCCCUGCAACCUUGCUGUAGUCCCUCACCAGCCAAACAGUCCCCAGCCAGACCGAGACUGCUGUAGUCCCUCCCCAGCCAAACAGACCCCAGCCAGACGAAGACCAGACCAAGGGGCUGUGGGGAGCCCUGGACGGAUGCUGAAAGGGAAGAAUCUGACUCUGACUCUGAAUGGUCCAUCCAGUGGAUAUGAGCAGCCCACUUUAGCCUCCCAGAACCGUGCUCACUCUCCUUACACCCACCGCAGGAUGUGUCAGCUGUCUGAAGUCAGGCAGCGACUCAGCCACCUCCAACUGGGUCUCUACAAGUUCAAGAAG